AUGAAGCUGUGGCACGUCGUAGCAGUUGUCUUGGCAGCUCUCUCCCCCUUGGUCCACAUCCUCGUACCCUACAUCCGACUGUGGUCGUUUCACCUCAAGCACCCCCAGAACCCCUACACAGACAUUGUUCUCGCCUCGGCCAACAGUGCCCUUGUGACCACGUUGUGCUUCGUUGUUUUCCGUUGGCCCCAGUCCUUCUGCGGAUCCUUGGUGUCCCUUCCCUCCCCACCCGUCGCCAUGGUUGAUCGCCACACCCAGCCGGUCUCUUCUUUGAGUGCUACACUCACAGAGUGUUGGCCUCCGCACGAUGACCUUGAUAUCGCGACCUGCGAAGCUGAUCUACUCAAAUCGGUCGGACCGCCGUGGCCUCCGUCAGACGCAUGGAAGCUGAAGUAUCUGAAUCGGCGGGCGUGCUCUUCUCUGGGUCGAUCUUUGGAUAACACUGCGUUCAUCAUUAUCAGCACCGACCACAUUUACGAGAUCUACCUCUCAGGCCUCGACGUCAUGAGAAUGCUCGGGAUGCCAGCUCUCGCCGGAUUCAAAUCUCACGUUAGGGCUGUCUUGGAGGAUGAUGCGCUCAAGUAUCUCCGCAUCGUGCACGACGAGACCGCCAUCGCCAAUGAUGUGUUCAAUGAGAUCUAUGUUUUCCUCACAACCGACUGCGAUAGCACGGCCCCCACCAGCCGUUUCCCAGAGGUUCUCCACUCCGUCGAAUCCAUCGCUACGUGGCUCAACGAGUAUGAGCUGGCUCUCCGGGUGCGCCUCGCGGAGGAAGAGGACGAGCGUCAGGAAAAGUGA